AUGAUCGGAGAGCUGACUUACUUUCUGGGAUUACAAGUCAAUCGGUCAAAAGAAGGGAUAUUUAUUUCUCAAGCGAAAUAUGCGAAAAAUCUCAUAUCCAAAUUUGGUCUUGAAUCGGCGAAAGAUGCCUGGACACCCGUUUCAACGACUACAAAAUUAUCUAAAGACAACCAAGGAACUUAUGUUGACUCCACCUUGUACAGGAGAAUGAUUUGCAGUCUACUGUACUUAACUGCUAGUAGACCAGACAUCAUGGUAAGUGUUAGAAUGUGUGCACGCUAUCAAGCUGAUCCAAAAGAAUCGCACUUGAUGGCAGUCAAACGUAUUAUAAAAUACGUUAAAGGUACAAACAGUUAUGGUAUUUGGUAUUCCACUGACACUAAUCUUAGUCUUACAGAUUUUAGUGAUGCUGACUGGGAUGGUAACGCCGAUGAUAGAAAAAACACGUCAGGAGGAUGCUUCUUUAUCGGGAAAAAUCUAGUUGCCUGGUUGAGUAAAAAGCAGAAUUCAAUAUCGCUCAGCACUGCAGAAGCUGAGUACAUAGCUGAAGGUAGUUGCUGUACUCAACUGCUUUGGAUGCGUCAAAUGCUUUCAGACUACGGGUUUGAUUAG